CCCGCGCGGACUCCGUGCAGCAAGCGCAUUUCUUCCACAAACCCCACCGCGUGUGAAUGACCAAGUCCGCGCGCGUCUUUAUUCCCAACCUAUCCCAAGUCCAGGGCUGAACCGGUCGAGAUCGCGCGAAGGUAAUUACGAGCAGAACCAGCGAUCAUUCCACUGUCAUGCGCAAUGCUCGCGCUUUGCGCCUGCCAUGUUGGCUCGGGACGUGUGUGGACGGAGUUUGGAGGAGUUUAGAGUCCUGAAGCACGCGUGGGCCUGUCGCAGCGCUCCCGAGCAACCCUGCAGCGUCGGGACGCGAGCCCGGAAGACUAGCGAGCUUUCACCCGUCCUUGGCCGAACCAGUUUUCAGCAUGAUUGGCGACUUCGGGCUGCGGUGAUCGGAGGUCAAUGAUCGCACAUUUUCCGACUGCUGUUCCCGUUCGUGAUUCCGGAGCGUCCUGUCCCCGCAGUGCCGGGAGAUGAGUGGCCAGGCGCCGCAGAGGAGGCCAAACGUGGGCUCGAUGCUUCUCUCCCAGCACGAGAACGACGUCCUCUCCACGCAGCUGGGGAGAAAAUGCAGCGCCCUGUGUUCAGCAGUGGUCCAGGUCUAUGCUGCAGACAGAGCCCUGUCCUGGGUGAAGCGCUGCUGUGGUGUGGCCUGUUUGGUGAAAGACAACCCCCUGCGUUCCUACUUCAUCAGGGUGUUUGACAUCAAAGAGGGCCGAAUGUUGUUCGAGCAGGAGUUGUACAACAACAUUCCCAUCACCUACCCCAGGUCAUACUUCAUGACGUUUGCUGGAGACACGUGUCAGAUCGGCCUCAACUUUGCAAACGAGGAAGAGGCCAAGCACUUCCGCGCUGCUGUCAGCGACCUGCUCAGCAAGCGGCCAAGGAAAACUGAAAAAAGACGUGAGCCAACAAAUGGACCUACGUUACCAAUGGCGACGGUGGACAUCAAGAACCCAGAGAUUCAUAACGUUCGAUAUAGUAACAGUUCUCAAAUCAACAGCAGCUUCCCGAGUCACAGCAAUCUCCGAAAGGACAAAGGAAAAGGCAAAAACAAGAAGAAGAAAAUAUCCAAGGCUGAAAUCGGCACGCCAAGCAACUUCCGGCACAUUGGGCACGUUGGCUGGGAUCCAAACACGGGCUUUGAUCUCAAUAACUUGGACCCCGACCUGAAGAGUCUGUUCGACAUGUGCGGGAUUUCGGAAGCCCAGCUGAAGGACAAGGAGACAUCGAAGGUCAUCUAUGAGUUCAUCGAGGGGAAGGGAGGUGUGGAGGCUGUGAAGAAUGAGUUCCGCAGACAAGCUCCUCCCCCUCCCCCUCCACCCUCCAGAGGAGGGCCGCCUCCUCCACCACCUCCACCACAUAGCUCAGGGCCCCCUCCACCACCUCCAGCCCGGGGCAGAGGAGCUCCACCCCCACCGCCCCCCUCGAGAGUGCCAACCUCUGCCCCACCGCCUCCUCCGCCCUCCAGGCCAGGAAUGGGAGUGCCUCCACCCCCACCCAACAGAGGCCCCCUGCCAGCCCCUCCCACACCUGUGCCCUCCUCCAUCACCCCACCAGCUCCACCUCCUCCACCUCCGCUGCCCUUUGCUGGGGGGGUUCCUCCAACUCCUCCUCCACCCCCACCCCCAGGGCCUCCACCCCCUGGUCCUCCUCUCCCGGGUAUGGAGACAGGGGAGCCCCUGCCCCCACCCUCUGGGAAGUCUGCUCUCCUGGAGCAGAUCCGUGAAGGGGCGAUGCUGAAGAAGGUGGAGCAAGGCGGCAAACUAACAGCAGGGGGUGGUAGUGGGCGGGACUCCCUGCUGGACCAAAUCCGCCAAGGCAUCCAGCUGAAAACUGUUUCCGAAGGGUCGGACUUGGCCCCGCCCACCCAGGUGCCGUCAGCAGGUAUCGUGGGAGCUUUAAUGGAGGUGAUGCAGAAGAGAAGCAAAGCCAUCCACUCAUCAGAUGAUGAUGAUGAUGAUGAUGAGGCCGAAGACUUUGAGGAAGAGGAUGAAUGGGAUGACUAGUGAACCAUCCUCUUCCUCUGUGACCACAGUGGUCCAAAUUAAGACACUAACAUAAUUCCUCUAUAAAUCUUCCCUGGAUUAUGAUGUAAAUGGUAAUCUGAUUUGCUGUAUAUUUUUGUUGCCUUCAAGCUUUUUUUAUUAAUCUGUGCAAUACCUCAUUUCAUCUGAUAUAAAGGUUUUUGUUUUUUGUUUUCCUGUGUUUUUUUCUUUUGGAUUAAUGUGCAAUUGUAUGUGAAGUAUUCUUACUCUGUCAAGUCAAGGGUUUGUUUUUUUUUUUCCCCAACAUUCAUUGAAGGGAGGAUUUAAGGAAGAGUUCAGUUUGUGAUAAUAGUUAUUAAAAAUGACAAACACUAUUUUCAUACCCCACUGUUCAGUCUUACAGUCCUAGCUUAGUCGUUUAUUUUCUUAAAGAAGAUGCUUUUUUUGGACAUAUUUACUCAGAAUUUGAGUAUGUUUAUAUUUUUGCUCAAAUGAGACUAGAACUCUGGCAUUUGCACGUGCUCAGAAGUGCUUGAGGACUCGCCACAGAAGCACUGAGCUGUUCAGUGAUUGGCUGCCCUGGUUCAGCUUCCUGGAUCCUGCUACUUACCCGGAAGAGACCCGGGAGAAUCUGGCGUGCAGAUGGGGUUUUCUCUUCUGAUCAGGUCGAUAUGCAUGCAGGACAGAAAUGCCUUUCACUCUACUAAUGACACUUGCUGUUAAUGGACAUGCUUUGUUGAUCUCUGAGAGACGCCAGUCUAACACCGUGAUUCUAGUAAUUACAGGGUAAUUGGUAAGACCAGGGAAUGUUUAGCUUUAACGAGAUUUAACCGGAAUGCUGUUUUAACGGUGCCGUUUCUUUCUGGACAAUUCAUUCUUUUUCUUUUUCACCACUUGGGAGUUUUAGAAACCACAGAGCAUUGGGAAUUUGGUUGAAAUGAAAUUUAUGAAAAUUAAAUAAUAAAUGUUAUUUACCGAA